AUUAUGUCGACCUUGACCGACAAUCUGAAAUCAUCUGAUGCAAGCGGCUUGUUCUUCGUAAUAUCAGAAGUGUUAAAUUCGUGUUAUAUAAGGGAAAAGAAGAGUAUACAAGUCACUCUACAAUUUAAUUGUAUCAAGGAAGUUUUGUGGUUCAAUUUAAAGAAAAAAUGGCAGAGGAUGAAUCGUUCAUGCUUGACUUGAAGAAGAAAAAGAAGAAGAAGAAGGUACCGUUUGAUAUGGACAGUGCUGAGACAACUGAUGGGCCAGCAUCCCAGACAGACGCUACAGAUGAACUAAAUGAGGAACAAGAAAAACCUGAAAAGUCAGAAAAAAUAGACGAUGACAUGUCCUUUGACUUCACAAAUACAAAGAAAAAGAAGAAGAAGAAGAAGGCAUUUGACAUGGACGAUGUGGGUGAGGCUUUACCUGAGUCAACUGAAAACACAGAAACUCCAGCCUACCAAGAUGGACAGGAUGCAGUGACCACAGAUGAUCUGACUGGCGACUUCAACCUUGACCUCCCACAAAGGAAGAAAAAGAAGAAGAAGAAGAAUGUGGACUUUGAGGCCAUAGAGGAUCCUGACGAAGCAGAUGACGAUGAUACCAUAGAUGCCAGGGAUGACAGAGUGUCUGGUAACGUUCCUGAGGGUAAAUCCUGGCUCGGAUCAGAUAGAGAUUACACAUAUGACGAGUUGUUAUCCAGAGUGUUCGACAUCAUCAGGGAGAAGAAUCCAGACAUGGUUGCUGGUGAAAAGAAAAUUUUCAAAAUGCGGCCGCCACAGGUCCUUAAAGUUGGAACUAGGAAAACGUCGUUUGCUAACUUUGCAGAUAUUUGUAGAUUUUUACACAGACAGCCCAAACAUGUCCUCGCGUUUUUGUUGGCAGAAUUGGGAACAAGUGGAUCUGUUGACGGAAAUAACCAGCUGGUCAUAAGAGGAAAGUACAACCAGAAACAAAUUGAAAACGUUCUUAGGCGAUAUAUCAAGGAAUAUGUGACUUGCCACACAUGUCGAUCACCCGACACCCUCCUUCAAAAAGACACGCGACUGUUCUUCCUACAGUGUGAAACGUGUGGAUCAAGGUGUUCUGUGGCUAGUAUCAAAUCAGGAUUCCAGGCCGUCACAGGCAAACGUGCUGCAAUUCGUGCUAAGACUGCGUAAGAUUAUAAAAAAUGGACACAAAAAGAUGUGCAAAGAAAAUACAAAUAAACAUACACUUCAUUGCAUAGGAAUACACAUAGGGAACAUCAUCAGUGACUACUAGUUCUUUGUGAAAAAUUCAAUUGUAUGGAAAUUAAAUUAAAUUAGUUUUUCCAGCAUUUGUGUAAUUCUCUUUAAAGUUAUAAUUCUAAAUAUUACGUUUGUGGAAUAACACGUCCUUGUGAUCAAUUCUAUUGGCUCCACCUAAGAAGUUUCUUGAAUUCGGCAAUUUAGGUAAUUUAGGUUCGCAGGUUUAUGGUGUUGAAGAGAAGAAAUAACCCAUGUUGUUUAUUAUAUCGAGUGUAUGUGAUCCGUUGUAUGCUUGGAAGAUCAAUUGGAACUUUCUGAUGCAUAUCCAUUUCAUACUCAAUGAAGCAUGGCAGAAUAUUUAUGAUUAUUGCAAUUAAAACGUAAUUCAUUUGU